AUGUUAUCUAACGAUUCACCGUAUCCAAAAUUUAUUGACAAAGGCCUAUGCAUCGGCUGUUUAUUUUGUUAUCCAUCACCAGAUCCUCAGCAUCAUGCUUCUUGUUGUAAACCUAAAACACUUGGUGCAGCCAGUUCUGACGUGAUACCCGUAAUAAGGAACAACAAUGAGCAUAAUCAUCAAAACACUUCUUGUAAUGCUAUUCAACAAAUACAUCCAGCAGUUGAACAAGAUAUUCGUGAAUUAAUCACAAUGAAACCAUACCCACAGCCAAAUACAGAAGAAGCAAUGUAUAAAAUCAUCCAAGAAUUUCUGAAAGAUGGUCUAAUCACAGAAUCAAACUCACCGUAUGCAGCACCUGCUAUUCUAGUUAAGAAAAAAGACGGUAACCAUCGGCUUGUGAUCGACUAUAAAAAACUAAAUUUACUCACUAUCAAAGAUUCAUCACCAUUGCCAAAUAUGGCAGAUACCAUUAGAAAACUAGGCAGAGAAAAUUGUCUUCCAGAUUAUUUAUCGAGACAUCCAAGAGAACAAGAUGAUACAUUAAAUGAUAUUAAUUAUGGCAUUGCAAAAUCAAUGAUUAAACCAUUUUUCUAUGCCACUCAUAAUGAUCCUAUGACUGGCGGUCAUUUUUCAACAGACAGAACGUUCAACACGAUUAAAACUCAAUAUUGGUGGCCACGAAUGAGAUAUAUCAUUAUCCAACAUAUCAAAGCUUGCAUGCUAUGUCAACAAUAUAAUUAUAGUCGUCAGAAAAAAGAUGGUCAACUUCGCCCUAUAUCACCCCCACAGCCAGAAAUGGCUGUUAAUAGCAGGGAAUGGCAUGAAGAUCGUCGCUCAUAUCCUCAAUCAUCACAUCAUCAUCAUUCAUUUCAUCAAAAUCAUACAUCAGCAGUGCAACGUCCACCAUCUUCAAAUCGUUCACAUUUACAGCUGCCGGAAACGGCAAGUAGUACCAGUGUUGAACGACGCGAAGAUGAUCAGCGACACACGUACCGACAACAAUCAUCAUCCCAAACUCGUUCGUAUCAUUCAUCACGUCAACCAUCUCGUCAUCCACAUGAACAUCUCCUAAAUCGGUCUGAAGACAAUAUUCCAUCAUCAGUUCCUGAAUCGAAGAGAAAGAAAUAG